AUUGAGAACGCACAGGGAGAGGUGGUAGCGGAACCUUUCUCCUCCGCUUCGCUCUCGCUUCCCCCCGAACCCAGUUGGCGUCGGACCCAGUAGUGGAGGCUUAUAAACAUGGAGACGACCGGUGCUGGGCCUGGACCGCCGUCCGCUGGUCUCGACACUCCGGGAUCCACAGACGAUCGGCUUUUCCUGGUGAAAGGUGGAGUUUUCCUUGGUACUGUGGCUGCAGCAGGAAUGCUAGCCGGAUUUGUUACAACAUUAUCAUUGGCUAAAAAGAAGAGCCCUGAAUGGUUCAAUAAGGGAAGGAUGGCCACAGCCGCCUUACCAGAGAGCGGGUCUUGCCUUGCCUUGCGAGCCCUGGCUUGGGGCUCACUUUACGCGUGGUGUGGGGUUGGUGUGAUCAGCUUCACAGUCUGGAAAGCUUUAGGAGUUCACAGUAUGAAAGACUUUCGAAUGAAACUGCAAUCAAUAUUUCCAGCAAUUCCCAAGAACUCUGAAUCUUCUCUUGAGUGGGAGGAAACACUGAAAUCCAAAUGAGAUGAGCAUGGUGGGAAAAGUCUAAAACUGUCAUGGCAAGGGUAGCUUUGGAGAUGCCACAGAAGCAAAGGGACUCCCCUGAUUUGUCAUCAGCAACAUGUGCAUUGGUGACUGAACCCACAGGAUAGAUGGCGUUCAGCGUCCACACAGGAGGCCCACAGUC